AUGGCAAACCCUGCUCACCUGAAAGCGGCCGCAUACGGCUCUUUCAUCCUAGCCUUUGGACAUGCACUCUCCAGCCGUAAAUUCAUGAGAUUGCGACAAUUCCAAGAAUUACCCAGUAUAGCACGUGUUUGCAGCACCGUGGGAUGGUUUCAAGGGAGUGGUUACCUGGUGCUAACUGCCUUGCUUAAUCUCCAAUGGUCAUUGAAUCCGCAAGCACUAGAUGAGCCCCUGAACCGUGCUAUCGCUGGUUUGCUCACUUUGAUUGCAUGGGGCAGUUCGGUCUCGUAUCUUCGGGGAGGGGUGAAGUCAAGUGGACUCAUUACAGCGGCUGCAGGAGCGUUCCAGGCUUGGGCAGCUUUCCGUGGAUAG